AUGAUGCUAGGAGGAGGAAUGGGAACGAGAAGCGUGGCGGUGGCGGCGCGGAGAGGCGCGGUGUUGGGAGGAAGUCGUGCUCUGUUCAGUAGCAGUUCUCACCGGUUGCAGAACCCGCGGUCGCCGAUCCAGAUCUUCAGGGAGACGUUCAAGAAGGAGUGGCAGAAGUCUCAGGAGUUGCAGGAUAAUAUCAAGACGUUGCAGGAUGCGUCAGGAAAGCUGGGAGAAUCGGAAGCGUACAAGAAAGCGCGGGAAGCGUACGUUAGGGCGCAGAAGGGGUCUACGAUUGUGGGAAAGACUCUGAAGAAGACGGGGGAAACGAUGGAGGACAUUGCGGCGAGAGCGUGGGACUCGGAGAUCGCCAAGAGCACAAGACAGGCGGCAUCCGCGACGGCGAAGAAGAUUGACGAGAGUCUUGAACCCGUGAGACAGACCAAGAUCUACAAGGACGUGUCCGAAGUGAUGGACGACGGAAGCAGCUCGCGGUACGGGGGGUUUUUGACCAAAGAGCAGAGAAGACUCAAGCGGGAGCAGGAUCUGUUGUCGGGGAAGCGGACCAGAGCCGUGAAGGGGAACGAAGAAGCCGGAACAGCGCUGGUGGCGACCAACAUUGCAGCUAAGGAGUCGUUUGGGAAGAAAGUGGAGGAUUUUAAGGAAAAGACGCUGGUUGGGCGCGCGUUGCAUCGCAUAAAGAGCAGACUGUGGGACGAAAGUGGCAACCCUUUGAUUGUGUUCUUGAGGAAGGUUUUCGGCAAGAUCGGCGGGUUCUUCGCGGAGACCGAGGCUGCUCGUGUCUUGGGCCAGUUCAAGAUGAUGGACACUACUUUCAGCAACGAGUCUUUCACCAAACAUCUGAGAGAGUACAUCAUUCCCGAGAUCCUAGAGGCUUACGUCAAGGGAGACGAGAAGGUGUUGAAAAAGUGGCUCAGCGAAGCGCCAUACAACGUCUAUGCCGCUCAACAGAAGGCGUUCAGGGAACAGCAACUGUUUGCCGAUGGCCGUAUUCUCGACAUCAGGGGCGUAGAGAUCGUCAGUGCCAAGAUGCUGCCUCCACAGGACAUACCUGUGCUGGUUGUUGGAUGUAGAGCGCAGGAGAUCCACCUCUACAGAAGGGCAAAGACGGGCGAAGUGGCCGCAGGCCACGAGUCCAACAUCAUGAUGAGCUCGUACGCGAUGGUCUUCACUCGUGAUCCGGAGCAGAUCGACGAUGAGGAGACUGAAGGCUGGAAGAUCCUGGAGUUCGUCCGCGGCGGCUCCAGACAGUUCACCUAG